GGGUUUAGUAAGAAACCAUCCAGCCGAGACAGAAGUCCAGUGCGUGUGUGCAAACUGGCACUGUGCAUUGUUAAGCGACACAUUGGAGUACAUUAAACACGUGAUCAACAUGUGCAAGAUUCAAGGGAAGACCGUCUGCACCUGCGGGCUGAAAUAUUAAGCAAAUCAGCCAAAACAAAGACUAAGUGCCGAACAAUAACAACGAACAAACACGGUAGAAAGAAAAAGAAGAUAAAAAUUAGAGACCAAGAGGGCGAAAAAAGAUUAAAAAAAGGACUCGAAAUUAAUCAGAAAGUGACAAUUAAGUUUGUAAAUGACGGCAAGAGUAAUGAGUGACGAUAAUGAGUGACGAGGGCGGCGUGUCAUUGUGCUGUGCUAUUAGGAGGAGGAAGAGGAAGAGCCAUAAGCCGGAAAGGGAAAGACGCGUCGGGGCGAAGGAAGCGAAGAAAGAAGACCAGCACAAGAAUGAAAGCAAGAAAAGACGAACCAAAGAUGCGGAAAGGCUCAGCGACGUGGUGGGCAGUGGCGGCGGGAAGAGUGUUAAUGGCACCGCGGCCUGGAGCUCCACCUCUACUAUUCCGGGGGGCGGUGUGGACCAUGUCUGCACGUCCCUGCCUCUCGAUCCUGCCUCCCCCGUCACUCCUGACCCUGCUGCGCCCCUCACCUGUACCCUUGACCCGGGGGACGGUGGCACCAUCCCAGGCCCGCAGGACGAGCGGCUGAGGGAGGUUCCUCAGGACUCUGCCGUUGCCCUUCACCUCCCCGGCCUCCACCGGAAGCGCAAGGAACACGCUGACGGCAAGGAGGGCGGCGAACACGACCCUAAAGUGAUCAGGUCCACUAAGGAGAUUGUAGCAAACUUGGACAGCUUCAGACCAGAGGCGCCGACUUACACAAAGGAGUUCCUCACUAGCCCUGUUGACUCGCUCAUAUCUCCUGUGGAUGACGAAGACGAUGACGACCUUCCUUCCAACCAGGAUGACGACACAAACACACAGAGCCCAGAGAGCAGCUGCGUGUCAGCACAAGACAACUGGGAGACUGGCGGCGAGAGUGAGAGGGCCAUCUAUGCCCCCGAGUUGGAUACUCAUGAGGAGAGGAGGUUCAGCGAGAGGUUCUUCCCCAGGAACUUCCCGCCCCCAUCCCGCCGCAACAGGAGGAGGACGAAGAAGAGGCACCACGUCCACAGCCCACAGUUGAUAUUAGUGAGGAUGUUACUGGAGCAGGAACCAAGGUGGACAAACGUGUGCAGCACGCCAUGGGAGGACAGCGGGAGCCAGUCACAGUCAGCAGAAGAGGAGAAGUCGUCUUCAUGCUUCAGCUCGCUCACCUCAGAUGACGAGCCCACCCGCUACGACCCCAUCCCUACUGAUGUCAUGCCGUGCACCAUGGGUCUGAGGGCAGCUAAUCAUAGCCCAUCCUCUGGCUUGAGUGAGCUGGUGGAUGCAAGUGAACCAGUAACCAGUGACCGAGGCUCAUGGGGAAUGCGAGAUGCCAGUGUGUGUGACUCCUGGCACAGAACUGCCCCAAGAUACAGCCGCUUUGAUGAUGACUCAGGAGUGCAGAACAGCUGGUACCGUGAUGAAGAUGAUGUUAUGGUGUCUCCAAGGUCCUCUCAGGCAUUUGUUGAUACCAGACCUCCCCCAGGACAGGAUGACCACAGUCCUCCACCAGGACAGGGUGCCGUCAAGAUACUCAUGAAGAACAUCAAUACCAUCAAGAAGAAGAUCAAGCGUUAUGAGGAGGAAUUUGAGGCUGCUGCAGGAUAUCGGCCUUCACACAGUGAGAAGAUGAAGCACAAAGAAAUCAAGAAGUACAUGAGUGAAUUGAGCAAGGCCAGGAAAGAACUGAAACAAAUGAAGGAUGAUGUAGCAGGUCUUGUGUCCGUACCAACUGUGUUUCCACUUUCUCUAUUGCGGUGCCAAGAAUCUACUAACCCUGGAGCAAAGCCUACAGCCACUGGCUCCUGCACUGCUAAUACGUUGAGGCAAGUGGAGGAUCGGCUAAGAGACAAGAGAUCAGCUGUGGGACGGCCGACAGAACUCAAGAGCAUGAACUGCACAGAAAUGCAGGACGAGAAGACAGCCCUGCAGAAAGCUCUCCUUUACUAUGAGUCACUGCACGGCCGACCAACCACCCGAGAAGACCGAGAUCUUGCUCGCCCUCUGUAUGACCGCUACCGUCAAGUGAAGAGAAUCGUCAUGAGAGCUAGAACAAAGGAGAACAUGGUUGAACUUCCACCCAUCAUUGAACAUGUGGCUAUGGAUUUCACCCUUGCCUCACCACAACACCGCAGCUCAUUACAAGGAGACGAAGGUGAGAAGCUCAUCCUUGCACCCAGCAACACACCUGUAACUGACAAUGCCCCCAACACAAACUUCACUCAAAUAGACACUCCAAGCAAUGAUCCAAAGGAAGGACAGAGAUCACUAGCCUUGGGAGACCUCCAUGCCCUGCCCAUAAGUGAACUAAGAGAGAGGAAGAAGGAAGCUCGUGAAGAAAAGAAGAAGCUAAGAAGAACACUCAGAGAUUACGAGGAAAAGUUUGAAAGAGAAAUGGGUCGCAAGGUGCAGAAGGAAGACAGAGGACCCAUGGAACAGACCUACCUGGACUACAAACAUGCCAAGGCAAAGCUAAGGCUCCUAGAAGCUCUUUUGUCAAAGCAUGAACCACAUAAGAUCUGAUUGAAUUUGAGAAACCUUUGGCCAAUGUAACUCAUCGAAGGUCCAUGGAAAGCUGACCUUUCACACUGUUUUGAAGGGUGCUGUAUUGAUACCUCUCUUCCUAUCCUGUAGGUAGCUGAGAAUAUCAUAGAAGCAUUCUGACUUUCCUCGGUCAGAUGAAGUCCUGCAUUCAGAGUUAAUCUAUACAGAUUGUUUAUUUUGAAGCGCAGCUGAUGGAAUGAUUGUUGAGUGUUAGAGGGAGGCAUCCCAGUCCAUGUCUUGUGCAUUGUUAUUCUGACAUGCGCGGGUAAUGCAUGAACUGUGAUAAGUUGUCAAAGUUGCCAAUAUGGUUGUUAGCUACAGAAUCCAUUAUUUUAAUAUGUUACUAACUGUAGUAUAAAUUAUUAUACCAGAAAAUACCUAAAUCUUUACUUAUGUUUUUCUUGAAUGUUAUAUAUUCAGAACAACCUGGUUUCAGAAUUAUUCAUAAUGAGAAGGAAUUCCUGCAUCCUAUGUUUACAGUUUUAUGGGAUGCUAUACACUUAUUUCAGUGUAUGAAGCUUCCAAGUAUUUCAUACUUACAAAAUAUACCUUAACCAUAUAAAUGCUGAACUGUGCUAAAUGUAAGGUACCUGAAUUUAGCAUUAAGGGUCAGUAGAAGAGUGGGCCAGGGCUUGAAAAUUCUGACUUCAUAAAAGAAAAGUGCAAGUUUCUCAACCUGUGAACUCCUCAUAUUGAUGCUAACAAUAUUACCUAAUGUUAGCAGUCAUUGGAUUGGAUGUACAAUGAAGUACUUACAUGCCUUUACUCCAGAAAACUACUGAAGAAUCAGGAUAGUUAAGAACUAGCUUCUUGUCCUGUUUAUGCACAUAAUAAUGUGUUCAUUUUAACAUUGUGAGCUUUGAAUUUCUUCAUACAUCAUGAGAACUUACAUAGCUAUUAUUAUGUAUAUCCUUACAGUUAUGCAAGGCUGUUUGACCAAUUUUUGUGUAUAUCUUUCCCUAAGAUUCCUGUGGUAUGCAUUUAAAGUUCAUGAGUGUGCAUGUUACAGGCAAGUAUAUCUGUUGCCUAGCACUGUAGGAGACGUGUAGACCAUUUUGUAUGUCAUCAUUCCUGUGACUUGAACUUUGUGCUGUCUCAUUAGGCAAAUGAGGCAGGCUGUGUGCUGCAUACUCUGUGUACCUUUGAUGUACUGCACACAACUGGCUGUAUUGCUGUCUGUUGACAUAAUGCCUGUCAACUGUGUCAUCAACACUGCAUAUCCCUUUCAAGUACAUUUGAGAAACUAUAUACUGUCUUGUGAAUGCAGUUGCAUUUUACAUUAAGUUUACAUUAAUGCAUUAGCUAGCAGCUGUUAUGAUAAAUUAUCUCUGGUUACAAUCCCUAAGCUUUCUGUGCUCUGAAAUUGUAUGCUUUGCAAGGUAAUUUGAGUUGAGGAAUUCCAUGCAAAUGCAUUCACACUCAUAAUUUAAAGAGUGGUGUUUUGUAACAGAAUAUAGGAUUCUAGCAUUUGCAACACGAGUAGUGAAGUGUGCAAACUACCACUGGUGACAUUAUCUAAGUGUUCUUGCCUCUGUAGUUCAUUUACAGCUUCAGACUGCCUGUUGUUACUUUCAUAUAAAUAGAUUAAUUGUAUUAAUAUCACAUAUAUAUGGUUAUGUAUAAUAAUGACCUUAGAUUGUAAUAUGGUCUUGUACCUGUUAGACUAUAUACGGCAGACAGUUGCUAAAUUGAUAUUACAUCAUACACAGCAGAGGGUUUAUCAAUUGUAGUUUUUUCCUCAAAACAAUGAAGAAAAUAGAAUAAAAAAUAGUUUUAUCCCAUA